AUGGCUACAGCUCGUUACAAGAACGGAGAUGAGCGCAUCGUCGGCAUUAUUGGGGAUGAGGAUACCGUUACCGGUUUCCUUUUGGCCGGUACUGGUGAUAAUCGAACAGCUGCUGCUCAGCCGAAUGCCGGAAAAAAGGAGGGUGCUCCAUCGAACUAUGUAGUGGUCAAUCCCACUACACCUUUGGUGGAUAUUGAAACAGCCUUUACUAACAUGUGCGCCAAUGAUGCUAUUGGCGUUAUUAUAAUAUGUCAACAUAUAGCGAAUGACAUCCGUCAUCUGAUUGAAGAACACAAGGAACCUAUUCCCUGCGUUCUUGAGAUUCCGAGUAAAGGAGGUGUCUACGAUGCUGAGAAGGAUUAUGUUCUUGAGAAAAUCAGCAGGGCUCUCGGUCUGAGAUAG